AUGACAGUAGAGCUAGUCAAUCUGUCCGAUGGCCUCUCCUGCUACACCACAUCCGAAGGUGAAGCCCGCCUCAUCUAUACGGAAAUUUACGAAGACCACUGCUAUGACGGCUUUAAGCUCCCAGAAUCACCCUUUAUCGUUGACGCUGGGGCCAACAUUGGACUUUUUUCUCUGUACAUGAAGCAGAAAUAUCCGUUAGCCACAAUUCUUGCGUUUGAGCCAGCUCCCGAGACAUGCGAUAUCUUGCACCGGAACCUAGAGUUGAACAAUGUGGCCGGUGUCGAGACCCAUGCCUGUGGUUUAAGCUCAAAGGCAACGGCUGCCAAGCUCACAUACUUCCCUCACCUCCCUGGCAACUCGACGACGCGUCCAGAAGAGAAGGUGGAGAUACGGCGCGGGUUUGCGCAACGUGUCGGCGAAGAAAUUGCGGCUAAGGUUUUUGGCGAUGCCCAGGAGGUUGACAUCCGUCUUCAAAGACUAUCACACUUUCUAGACGCCUGUAAAGGGCUAGAAAGAAUUGACCUGAUUAAGGUUGAUGUUGAGGGUGCCGAACUGGAUGUGUUGCUUGGCAUGGACGACAAAUACUGGGAAAUGGUAUGCAACGUUGUGCUGGAAACGUGUAUUGACUCUGGAGUCAAGCCCGCGAUUGAAGAGAUUCUGCACGACAAGGGCUUCAUUGUCACCACUGAGGCAGCUCCGUUGCUGCCGGAAAAAACGUUCAUCAUUCGUGCCUAUCGUGAUAGUUAA